AUGACAUCAAACACUCUCUUCAUGUCCCCGGAGGAGUCAGCCCGGAUCCACACAACCAUUCAAAACAACAGCAAACAACGUGAAGAACAGAAGGGCCAACCGAGAGAAAUUCAAGAUGCUAAAGCCUUGGUAGAACAAGCAGUUUCGACGUCUCUCAUGCAAGACCUCUCUUCAGCGGCGUUCAGCUUCGGUGCACCCAACAAGAGGAAGGACACAAUGCCGGCAUACGAGAUUGGGAGUCCUUAUCUGCCUUGCACAGAGAAGCUCGAGGAUCUUACGCCGAUGAAGCUUUUUGACCUGAGAAUGGAGACACAUCAUAGAGGAUAUUUUCUCCUCCUACGCCGUGUUUCACCUGUUGUCAUGUUGAAAGCUUCAUCAUGGGCUGUCGUGCGGGACGGCUCGGAGGACGUCGAACGACUUGAGAUGUUUCUUCAUAAAUCCCAACAUGGGCAAGAUAGCUUGGACACCGCCUCAGAGUUCAUUGUGAAGGAACCUUACUACACUCUCAACACCAAUGGAGAACCCACCAUCCGAGUUGAUCAUCCAUCAGACCUCAUUAUGACAGAGAUAAGCGAAAGCCCCGAGUCGUGGCGGAAGAAAUAUACCGGCAAUUCAUCGCAUGAGCUACCUUCAGCCGAAGCCUACAAACAGAAGGGCAAUAACGCGCUCUUGAAAAAGAAGAACCAUGCUCAAGCGCUCUUCUACUACAGCAAGGGCUUAGAACUACCACAUCAUGCCCAAGCAGACGCCGCCGUGCGCAAUGAUUUGUACCGGAACCGCUCUUACAUUAACCUUCAACUCCAGCGGUUCGAAGAGGCAAAGUCCGAUGCCCUAUCUUCCAUUUCUAACAAACCCAACGAUGAGCUUGAUGCGAAAGCUUACAAUCGUGCCGGGCUAGCAGCCUAUAGUGAAGGUAAUUUCCCCGAAGCCAGAAAGUACUUUGAAGAGCAGGAGAAACUGCAGCCCGACGACCAGCAUAUCAAACUUCACCUCAAAAGAGUCGAUGCCAGACUUAAAGAGGCAACUGAGGGAGUUUGCAACAUGGGUAGAAUCGUCAGCUCGUUGACAAAGAGCGGGGGUCGACCUGAUACUGCAUCGUUCGAUGGACCGACUGAGAUCAAGAGUAGCCCUGGUGCUGGGCGUGGCUUGUUUGCUACGAGGGAUAUACAGCCAAACGAGAUGAUCAUGUGCGAAAAGGCCUUCUGCGUUGCGUGGAGUCACGAGCCUGGAACAUUUAGUGCGUUGGUAUGCGAUACCCGAGAAGAUGCUGCCAUCAAAGUGUUUCCUACCGGCUUGCACAAAGCUGUUGUGCAGAAGCUACUCAACAAUUCAUCUCAAGUUGGGAAAGUGUUGAAGCUUCAUGGCGACUAUAAGGGCAUGGGGAGUAACCUGGUCCAAGUCGAUGGUGUCCCUGUGAUCGACACAUUUGGAAUCCACGACAUUAUCCAACGCAAUGCAUUUGGACCCGGUCAACAAACCGAAGAUGAGGACAUCAGUAAUGCAAGCACAGGGUUAUGGAUUCGAGCUUCAUACCUCAACCACUCAUGCAUCCCAAACGUGAAGAAGGACUUCAUCGGUGAUCUUAUUCUCUUCCGGGCUACGAGAAAAAUUGCAGCUGGUGAGGAGAUUACCCACGCUUAUGACGAGUCAAGCAGUUACAAAGUGAGAAAGGCAGCUAUCAAAAGGACGUGGGAUUUUGUGUGUCGAUGUCCGCUGUGUCUUGUCGAGGAGAAGGAAAGUGAUGAUGUGCGACAGAGAAGACGGGAGGCAGAGGAAAAAGCAAGGCUGUUUGUUGAGAUUCAUAAUCCAGCUGAUCCAAGCAAGUUGCUGGUGAGGAAGGCGAAAGUGUUGAGACAGGCACUGAGUGAGACGUAUGACGGUAAGGCGUAUGAAGGGCUGCCAAGACGGUCGCUUACAGGGAUAGAUGAGUGGCUUGGUACGUCUGUCGCCCGCCAGUCGAUAUAA